AUGUUAUUGAACAAUGAUCAAUUGCUGAAGGAAGGCUGCGCGCAGGCUAUUACGAAAUACAACGAAAGCCAAUUCGCCCCAGUGAAACUUGAAGGAGUGGAAAAACAGACCCUUGUGACACCUUUCAAUGACAUCGGUGGCGGUCGUUAUGUAGAUGAUGCAUCGAAAAAAUCCUUCAAGUAUGAUCAUCUUCGUAAAGAAGCCAGUGAUAUUCAACCUCAUCCUGCAGAAUCGUCAGCUGCGGAAGCAUGGCGUGCUGCUCUGCAAAAGGAAUUGGAUGCGUACAUUGAGGAACACUACUCAAAAUCAGGUGUUGGCUGCGUAUUUGUCCGUCAUGGCAAUUUCACUUUGUGCAUAGAGUCUCAUCAGUUCCAACCUAAAAAUUUCUGCAAUGGUCGCUGGCGAUCUGAGUGGAAAAUCCCGGUUGGUGACGGGAAGACGGGUAGUCAAGAACUAGUGGGCAAGAUAAAAGUGCAGGUACACUAUUACGAAGACGGUAACGUUCAGCUGUUCUCCGAAAAGGAUUGUAAUGUGAAAGUGCAAGUAACUGGAGAUGUUGAGAAAACGGCUAAGGAAAUCGUUCAGGCAAUAAAGGACGAAGAAGGAAAAUAUCAGCAAGCUGUGCAGGAGAAUUAUGCAUCGAUGUCUGACAAUACAUUCAAAGCACUUCGACGACAAUUGCCAGUGAUCGUGACUUAA